UCGCCAUGGCAGCGCGGCGCGGCCUCUAAUGGCGGCGGCAGCGAGAGGCUGAGGGGCGCCAUGGUGCGGAUCACAGAAGAUCUUGUUAGAAGACGUGCAGAACAUAACGACUGUGAAAUUUUUUCACUGGAAGAAAUCUCUUUACAUCAGCAGGAAAUAGAAAAGCUAGAGUAUCUUGACAAAUGGUGUCGAGAGUUAAAAAUUCUCUAUCUUCAGAAUAAUCUAAUUCCAAAAAUUGAAAAUGUGGGGAAACUAAAGAAGCUGGAAUAUUUAAAUGUAGCUUUGAACAACAUCGAAAGAGUUGAAAACCUGGAAGGCUGUGAAGAACUGAACAAACUUGACCUGACAGCAAAUUUCAUUGGUGAACUCUCCAGUAUUGAAUCCCUAAAACACAACAUACAUUUGAAGGAACUAUUUCUAAUGGGUAACCCAUGUACAGAAUUUGAAGGCUAUAGAGAAUUUGUGGUGGCAACUCUUCAUCAAUUAAAAUAUUUGGAUAGCAAAAAAAUAGGUCGUGCAGAGAGGAUUCAAGCAAUUCAAAACUAUCCAGAAGUGAAACAGAAGAUCAGAGAACAGGAACAAGCUUACCUUCUCAAAAGGGCCAGGGAAAAAGAAGAGGCUGAAAGGAGGAUGCAAGAAAGAAAGGACAAGAAACAAAAACAUAUGGAAUCUAAACUUGCAUUUGACAGCCCAGACUCUCUGCAGAACAAAGAAAAUUGUCAGACAGAUGGAGACAGAGAACAAGAGACAUGGAGAACUGUUGAAGAUGAUGAAGAAGACAGGAAAUUUUGGGAGGAGCCUACACCAUAUACUCCAGAAACUAGAUUAGAAACUCACAGAUAUAUUGAAGAAAAACGGAGAGCUAAAGAAAAUACAAGGGAAUCAAAAAAGAAGGACAAAACUCUUCACACACUGAUCACUGCAGAUGGAAAAGUUCUGAAUGUGAAUGUGCCAAAGCUUCAUUUUUCUUUGAAAGAUGAUGAAGAAAACAACCAGAUCGUCUUGGAUCUUGCUGUUUACAGAUAUUUGGACACUUCUCUGCUUGAUGUUGAUGUCCAGCCAACUUACAUACGAGUACUGGUGAAGGGAAAGCCUUUUCAGCUUGUGCUCCCUGAGGAAGUGAAGCCAGACAGCAGCUCUGCUAAAAGAUCACAAACAACUGGUCAUUUGGUUGUCAGCAUGCCAAAGGCUAAAGGAAUGAUCCUGGCUAAGCAAAAAGUAUCAACCUCAACUAAAGAUUCUGACUGCAAUAAACUGCAAAAAAAUGCAAGAAGUGUACAAUUUGAGAGAUUAGAAGUGGAUCCCAGUAAAUAUUCAUUCCCUGAUGUGACAAAAAUUAUCCAAGAAAAGGUUCAAGUUGGACAAGGACCUCUUAGGCUACAGCCAGAGAAGAUAACAGAGACCAAGAAGAGUUUUGUUGAUUUUGAAAAUAAUGAAGAUGUUCCUCCCUUAAUUUGAAAGUUUCUUAAAUAGUCUCUCUAAAUGUAGCUUUUAUUCUUCAGUUGUUUUCAGGACCUUGUGUUUAAAGUAAGUAUAAUAUAGUUGAAGGUGAAAAAUAUUGUAAGAAAUACAGUUCUUAUUGUAAAUUUUUAUAGCUC